UUAACCGGAAGGUGCGUCGUCUAUUUUCGUCCGGACUGAACUCUCUGGUUUGUUUUCUGCUGCUGCACGUUUCCCGAUUGCUGGAUAUUUACACUGUGUGGACUCUAUCUGUGAUAUUUAUUCACUUUCAAUACAUUCAUGAUGUUGCAGCCUAACAUGUUUAGACAUCAAAGUGUGAAGAGCUUAUUUUAGACUUCAAGAAGAGAUAUUUAUCUGCCAUAGAUCGAUUGUGAGCUAUCGAAGAUAACACAAAUAUUGAAAAAGCUGUGAAAAAAAAUGGAACCAAGUGACUCCCCGUGCUCUGAUUUCCUGGACUGGGAGCUGGACACUGCGACAUCUAAUGGGCUUAAACAAGAGAAGCAGCUUUCUGCAUCACAAAGAAGAUAUUACAGCUUCUGUAGGAGGAAAUCAUUUGCUGUCUUUGUGGCAUCGAAGCAGGACAGCAACCCUGAGGCAGGAAGCACAUUUUGGUGCUGUUGUGGCGAGACCUUCAGGGAACACUCUGCCAUUCAUAAACACGUCGCCAGGGCUCACGAUGCUGAAAUCCAGCAGCUCACACAGGCCUCAUAUGAGUGUUUGUCGAGCCAGCUAGGAGAAGAAGAACCUGAAACGCUCCAUGCAAACAAGUGCAAGGCCGAGCCAGUGGACAUCUCUGCAUGGAUCCCUGAAACUGGUCAUAUCGCUGGAGAGCAGCUUGAAAAGGGUCCAGGAAAGGUUCUCCUCUAUUAUCACUACUGCCAAGUGGACGAUCCACACGUCAUCUGUGCUUGGCAGAAAGCUUUGUGUGAGAAGCUUCACUUAACUGGCAAGGUGAGAAUUGCAACUGAAGGCAUCAAUGGGACCGUUGGCGGCACCAACAUGGCCACUGACUUCUACAUCAAAGCCGUGUGUUCACACCCUCUGUUCAAGAUGGAGGAGGAGGAUUUUAAGAAGAGUGAUGGUGGAGCAGAGUGCUUCACAGACCUGAGGGUGGGAGUUUAUAAGGAGAUUGUCCCAAUGGGAGUUGAUCCUGACGCUCUCUCUUACGAACUGGCAGGAGUUCAUUUGGAGCCAGAGGAGUUUCACAAAGAAGUGGAGGCUCUCUUGUCCAAAGAGGAUUUGUGCAAUGACACCAUCCUCCUGGACUGCAGGAACUUUUAUGAGAGUAAAAUUGGACAGUUUACACGAUGCCUGGCCCCUGAUAUUCGUAAGUUCAGCUACUUCCCGGACUACGUCGACCAGAACCUCGAGCUGUUCAGGGACAAGAAGGUUUUGAUGUACUGCACAGGAGGGAUCCGCUGUGAGCGCGGCUCUGCCUACCUCCGCUCAAAAGAUGUGUGUAAAGAGGUGUUCCAGCUGAAAGGUGGAAUCCACAAGUAUCUGGAGCAGUUUCCAGAUGGUUUCUAUCGUGGGAAACUCUUUGUGUUUGACGAACGAUACACCAUCUCCUCCAACAAUGACGUCAUCUCAGACUGCAGGUACUGCGGCUCUCCCUGGGACCAGUACAAGCUCUGCUCCACCCAGUUCUGCUGUCAGCUGGUUCUGUCCUGUCACGGCUGCAGAGAGGCCGGACACACCGCCUGCUGCCCCACCUGCCAAACCAAAGCACAGGCUCGGAGCGAGGAAUCCGCUGCUCCUCAGCAUCAUAAAGAGGAGUGCGAGUGCACGGGUGGACGCCCCAGAAUCCCUCAGGAUGUGUAGAGACCAGGCAGACAGGAUUGGACACCAGUACUUCGGUCACAAAAUGUUUCAUGUGCAUACAAAUGAAGAUAUUUAUCAGACUGUAAAACCACAAUUAACUCAAGGUUUCCAGUCAUUUGAGAGUCAUGAGUUUUUUUUAUAUUAUGGUGACAGAUGUUCUGUGUCUUAACAGUUUGUUUUAAAGACAGUGUCAUGUGCAAACCUUGUAUUAAAUGAUGAAACUGUUUAUUUGCAUCUGCAGACACCUCUAGUGUUAUUUACCAAAUGUUGUGAAACUUCAAUGCAUCAUUCGUUCUGAAAGCUUGGUUUCAGGAAACAUGAAUAUGUUGUGGUUGUGCCUGUUUCAGUAAAACUGGGAUUGUAUCCUCCUUUUAAAAACCAGUGCUCUUACAAGUGUU